AUGAUAAACUCCACACAGGUCUCAUAUUUUACUCUUGGCGCCUACUUUGACACUGGACUUUUUAAAUACUUAUAUUUCCUGGUUAUUCUGACUGUUUAUGUUUUAAUCAUCAGUGCCAAUGUGUUUCUCAUUGUGGUUAUCUGCAUGAACAGAAGCCUACAUGAGCCCAUGUACAUGUUUCUGGUCAGUCUGUUUGUAAAUGAACUGUAUGGCAGUACAGGAUUAUUUCCAUUCCUGCUGGUUCAGAUCCUCUCUGAGAUUCACACUGUUUCUGCAGCUGUUUGUUUCUUGCAAGUUUUCUGUUUAUAUUCAUAUGCUGCUGUAGAGUUUUUCAACUUAGCCGUCAUGUCCUAUGACAGAUAUCUCGCUAUCUGUUAUCCUCUGCAAUACAACACACGCAUGACAUUUAAGAGGAUUGCCUUUCUUAUUGCUGCCUCCUGGAUUCCUCCUUUUCUUAUAAUAGUUACCACCACAUCUUUGAGUUUCACUUUACAGCUGUGUGGAAACAUCAUCAACAAAGUGUACUGUGACAACUACUCCAUCGUCAAACUGGCCUGUUCUGACACCACCGUCAACAAUGUCUAUGGACUCUGUAUUACGGCAUUCACAUUAAUUGGUCUUCUAAGUUUAAUCCUCUACACCUACAUGAGGAUCCUCAGAGUGUGUUUUUCUGGCUGCAAACAGACCAGACAGAAAGCCGUCAGCACCUGCACACCUCACCUGGCUUCAAUGCUCAACUUCUUCUUCGGUUGCACAUUUGAGGUUUUACAGAGCAGGUUCGACAUGAACAAUGUGCCGAAUACAUUGCGUAUAUUUUUAUCCUUGUACUUUCUAACAUGCCAGCCGCUCUUCAACCCUGUACUGUACGGACUGAAAAUGUCCAAAAUCCGUCAUGUGUGUAAAAGUCUGUUUCGAUGA